AUGGAUCCUCAAGCUCAGACUUUAGACAAUAAAAUUGCGUCGGAACAAACAAAAGCUGGUCAUACAGGUGUCUGUAAUACGUACGGUAUGGACAGUGAACAUCAUGAACCCAGUCCGGGUAAACAUAUCGAUAAACACGUAUGUGAGAAUCCAAAUUGCACUGGAGAUCAUUCAGGAAUAAAACACGAAGUUAAACAUAUGGAAUAA